CUCGACCCAGUAGUGUGAGGAGAGAGAGAGAGAGAGAUUGAGAAGAGGAGAUUUGGCGAGGACGAUCCUGGUCUAUGUUGCGAGGCAGGCGCGCGCUAUCCACGCUCGUGCGCUCGCUUUGGCGUGUCAACGGCGGCUCCGCGCUGCGCUUCGCGGCGAUUUGUGAGUGGAGCUCUCCUGCCUCGAUUCCUUCGCUUCUGGUUUUCUGAUAGAUUGAAUGUCAAUAGGUGAAUACUAGGAAGCAUUACUUCUCUUUUGGAGCUCGAUUGAUGGCUCUCACAGCCGAGGUGGCCACUCCAGCUCCACCUACUCUGGCGACAGAAGAUGGUACCAAGCAGCUUAUCGAUCCAAAGGUGAUUUUUGUUCUUGGUGGACCUGGAAGUGGAAAAGGGACGCAGUGCGCUAAGAUCGUUGAAAAGUUUGGGUUUGUGCAUUUGAGUGCUGGCGAUUUGUUGCGUGCUGAGAUCAAUUCUGGGUCCGCAAACGGGACCAUGAUCCAAAACAUGAUCCAGGAAGGAAAGAUUGUGCCGUCGGAGGUGACGGUGAAGCUCCUGCAAAAGGCCAUGGCAGAGAGCGGCAAAGACAAGUUCCUCAUCGACGGAUUUCCUCGAAACCAGGAGAACCGCGCUGCGUUUGAAGCAGUGACUGGAAUCGAGCCAGAGUUUAUUCUCUUCUUCGACUGCCCGCAAGAAGAGAUGGAGGUGAGACUCCUCGGUCGUAACCAGGGACGCUCUGAUGACAACAUUGAAACCAUCCGGAAGCGAUUCAAGGUUUUUGUUGAAUCCAGCCUUCCAGUCGUGGAUCAUUAUGACAAGAAGGGCAAAGUUCGCAAGGUAAAUGCCGCCAAGACGAAAGAAGAAGUGUUUGAAAGCAUCGAGACUUUGUUCCAAAAGUUCCAACACCGCUCGGUCAUGCAGCACGUAAAUGCUGCGUGAUCCGAUUGAUUGAUGGAGAGAUCUCGCUACUGGUAAUGGCUGCUCACUUCAUCCCCCCCGUAAAAUUCAUCCCAGCAUUUUUUUCAUCCAUCCGACUCUCAAGUUUAGAUCGAAACAAAGAAGAAAUAAAAAUACAGAGAAAGAAGCGUACGUACACCUUUUGCUUGGCGUGAAUGCCGAAUGAAAAUAAACUCCACAUUGCAGCU